AUGGCCAGCAAAGCAAACGGCAACGGCAACGGCGACGUCGAAAACCUCUACCAUAUCGUCUUCAGCAUCUCGAACAUCCAAAAGGACCCCAACCUCGCAAUCGAGAAGCUGCGGAUCUGCGGCACCUACACAGACCUGCCUACAGCCAAAGCGGAGGCACACAAGACUCUCUUCGAGGCGGGCUAUGAACGAGAAUGGUUUGCCGAAUACGACACCAACGAGAAAGACUUUGAUGAACACCACAUCAAGAGAAAAACGGGUCUGUGUGUCUUUGCAAAGUCAUCGGACGGCACCACCUUCCGCGUGAGCGUAGCAACCACGCCGAACUUGCAAGGCUUCACCAGCAACCCCGAAGAUCACAAAGUGCACGGUGACAUUUACCACGUGGUGCAAACCAUUGUCCUGUAUGAUGAAGACGACAGUGGCGAAGCCAGGGAAACAAUUGUGGAAGGCUCAUUCAAGAAGUAUGAAGACGCCCGGAAAUACGCCAGCACAGUCCUCCUGGCGCCCGAGGACGGCGUGACAAAGGAAUCAUUUGCAGAGUACGACGAGGCAGGCCCAACGGAGAAGGAUUGCGGAUACGGCGAAAACGUGCUUGUACAUGCGGUAGGCGGCAACGGCGAGAACCUGUUAAUCAGUGUCUUGAGGGGCCAGGAAAUGGAGUCGGUUAGACUGGCGGAGGCAGCGAUGAGGAUUCGCUCAUUCAACUAA